GAGACAGCAUCGCUGCUGCUGCUGCUACUUCCAAGGAUCCCUGGCCCAGGCUCCUUCGCUCUUGACCGUCGAGGAUCCACCGCCAUGGCUGCAGAGAGACCCUCCAAGAUGCCAGGCGCCCUGAUGCUCCUGCUGCUCCUUUUGGGUUUGCACCUGUUCCAAGCUGUUCUUGGUACAACUGUGAUCCCACUAUGUGGAGUCAAUCAGACUAACUGUACAACUGCUCUGGUUCGAACAGAAAAAAGUCCCCGGGUGGCUCAAGUUCGGAUCACAGGAUGCAAGUCUGGCAUGGAAAGUUAUUGCUUCAAUGGGGAGUGUAUGUACCUUGUGGAGCUAGAUCAACAUUCCUGCAGGUGUAAUACAGGUUAUGUUGGUGCCCGGUGUGGCCAUUCCAAUCUUGAGCCUGUCCAUCAGCCCCUCAGCAAUGAGUACUUGGCACUCACUAUUCUCUUGGUUCUGCUUUUCUUCAUUGCAAUUUCAGUGGCAAUCUACUACUACUACAGAUGGUAUCAGAACAAGAAACGAAGACUAGCUACAAGCAAAGAUUACCAAGCAGUCGCCAGAGAUACUGAAAAAGACAAUAAGCUGCUUCAUGUGUGAAAAAAGAGAAUUGUAAAAGCCAUUUAUUUAAUAUCAUUAAAUACUUAUUUUAUUAAUAAUAUUUAUGCUCUAAGCAAAAGAAUUUCAAAAUGAUACUGAUCAUGUACAGGUCAAAAGGGCUAUUUUUUUAUAAAUUAUAUUUGUAUUUGUCUCUUGUUUUUUUAUUCUAUUUUAUUUCUGUGCAGCAUUUUGAUAAUGCAAUGCAGAGGUCUCUUGCAUUCAUACCCCAUGUAAAAAGUUGUUCAUGAGU